AUGGGCCUGACUGGAGCUUCUCCCUCCGGUGGCUUUGGUGGGCCUGUGGAUCAGGAUCUGGAACGAGGCGAAGAUGGCAGAAGCAAAUGUGCAGCACGUGGGUCUGCCCGGCAUUCUGUCAGAUCUAUCUGUUCUCGCGAUUCGGAGGCGUCAUUUUGCACAGACAAAGGCGCAAGUCGAAAGAGCGACAAGCCCAACCAGCUCGUUGUCAAGAAGAUGGACAUUGAUCCCUCCUCCAGAAGCAUGUUCACUGCGCCUCCAGUUGUUGUCCAGCUGCGAGUUUUGGAAGGCAUGUCUGCCGCAGACGCCUGCCAUUUAGAGCUCCUGAAGAGUCUUGCUGAGGCACCCAAUAAGGCAGUCUUCCAGACAGAUGCAGUCGAAGCUGUGGUGUCGGCAGCUUGGCAGCAGUACCGGCUUCAGACCGUGCUGGAAGCGACUUUCAGCAUUCUGACGGUGAUCCUGCUUUGCGUUGCUUCCUACACUUCCAAGAUCGGUCAGUCUGCAUCCGCUGGAGCUUUAUGGGGUAUCUUUGCCUUGCAUAUCAAGAGGACUGUCGAAGAAGUAUGGCAAUACGUGCAUUGCACGACGUGUGGCAAAGUCCAUCGUGCUCGCUGCCUCGACUUCGACAACAUCGCCGAUCUUGUUUACUGCUCGUCGGAUGGAUCGCAGGUGUGCGGCAAAUGCUGCAGGAUGAGUUGGAAAAGCCAUUCAUGCCCUGCUUCUGUGCACUGGCAUGGAUUAGAGCCUUGUACACCUUGCGUGGUGAGUCGUGGCUUGGUCCGAGACUCCUUCCCAUAUUGUCUGCAAUACAGGACACUAAAGCGAUAA